AUGUUUCUUUUGGAACAGCAUCUAAUGAAUGGAUCCUCUCUGACAGAGUUUCUUCUCCUGGAAUUCUCAAAUCUUCGAGAACUGCAGAUUCUGCAUUUCUUUGUAUUCCUUGUGUUUUACCUGACAGCAGUGGCAGGAAAUGUCCUCAUCAUCUCUGCAGUUGCCUCUGACUACCACUUACACACACCCAUGUACUUCUUUUUGAUGAACUUGGCUAUACUGGAUGUGGGCCAAGUUUCAGUCACUUUCCCCAAAUCUAUGAUCAAUUCUCUCUUAAAUACCAGACACAUUUCUUACUCUGGAUGUGUUGCUCAAGUCCUCCUGUUUGUCUUAUUUACAGCAUCUGAUUUCUUUCUUCUCACAGUUAUGGCAUUUGAUCGGUAUGUCGCCAUUUGCAAUCCACUACAAUAUGACAUGACAUUGAAUAAACAAGCCUGCAUUCGAAUAAUGACCACUGUAUGGAUCAGCAGCAUUCUCUAUGCGGUAUUAAGCACUGGAAGUACCUUUGCAUCACCCUUUUGCUCCAAACUUGUCAAUCAGUUUUUCUGUGAAAUUCCACAGUUACUUAAGCUUACUUGCUCUGACUUGUACCUAAUUGAAGUAGGAGUUCUUUUCUUAUUUUGCAUCAUUGGUUUAUGCUGCUUUACUUUCAUUGUUGUGACUUAUGUGCACAUUUUCAAAGCAGUGCUGAGAAUCCCCUCAGUGCAGGGGAGGCAAAAAGCUUUCUCAACAUGCCUUCCUCACCUCACUGUUGUCUCCAUGUUUUUAUCCACUGGAUAUUUUGCUUACCUCAAGCCCACCUCCAAUUCUACCUCACAUCUAGAUUUGGCAUUUACUAUGAUAUAUACCAUGGUCCCACCCUUGAUGAAUCCAAUAAUCUACAGCAUGAGAAACAAAGAGAUAAAACAUGCUCUGUCAAAGCUAUUGGGUUUGAUGCACUCUUAA